AUGGAUAACAAUAAUUACCAUUCAUCUCCAUCAUCAUACCCAUAUAACCUCGGAUAUGGCUACCCUCAUGUGCCACCACCUUCAAAUCAACCAUAUCCACCUCACAAUUCUGCUCCAUUCCCUACUUCUCCAGCUCCAGGUCCAUAUCCAUAUCCACAACAUUCCCAUUAUCCACCACCUUACAACAAUUCUCAUUCUGUCACUCCAAGUUAUCCAUAUCCAGGUCCACCACCAUCACCCCCUCAGUCGGGGCCAUUAGAGUACAGUUACCCCCCACCAUCUUAUUCUGGCCCGCCUCAUUAUCCAUACCACAGAUAUCCAGCUCCUCCUCCAACAUCUGCCUGGCCUCAGUCUACCAUCCAAACAUUUGGUAGUUUCCAAUAUGGUUCAUCCCAUUACCACCACCAUCAGUAUUCUGGAGAAUUCCAGCCUCCGGAUAACCAGUCCGAGACUCCACCUAGACUUAGUAUUAGCAGUGAAUACUCUAUCCACCAUCAUUACCAAGAUAGUUCAUCGUCUGUGGGUGGUUCUACAGUGAAUUAUGACUGUCUUGAUGAUAGUUGCCCUGGUUACCCUCCACUUUACCCACCCAUCGACAAUCUCAUGGCAAAUGUGCACUUAUCUGAUAGUCACCAUAUGGCUUCUGCCCCUGCCUCCCCUUCAUCCUUAUCAGUGCCUAUUUCCCCUCAAUCUGGACUACCAGCUAAAAUGCAUAAUGGGACCGGGACUACGUAUGGACAUCCUAAUACCUCCUUUUCAAGUUGGGAGACAUCUUCUAUGGGCUGGGCAGAGUCCCCUUCUCAUCCUAUUUUGCCGCAUUUGACCUCAAAUGCUGAUUCAUCCCACAGUCAGAAUAUGCAGGUUAUGCUUGUUCCAUCUCAUAAAGUGUCUUUGAAAGUUUUGCUCUUGCAUGGGAAUUUAGAUAUUUGGGUCUAUGAAGCAAAAAACCUUCCAAACAUGGAUAUGUUUCACAAAACUAUUGGGGACAUGUUUAACAGAUUACCAGGGAAUAUGAGCAGCAAGAUUGAAGGGCAAAUAAACUGUAAGAUUACAAGUGAUCCUUACGUCUCCAUCACAGUAGCAGGUGCUACGAUUGGAAGGACUUACGUGAUAACAAAUAAUGAAAAUCCUGUUUGGAAGCAACAUUUCAAUCUUCCUGUUGCUCAUUCCGCCGCUGAAGUGCUCUUUGUUGUGAAGGAUGACGAUGUCGUGGGAUCACAGUUUAUAGGGACAGUCUCUAUUCCGGUGGAGCAUUUAUAUGGAGGCACAAAAAUUACAGGGUUCUUUCCAGUCCUUGGUCAUAAUGGGAAACCUUGCAAGUCUGGAGCUGUUUUGAGUCUCUCAAUUUGUUAUACUCCAAUGGAGCAAUUGAGCAUUUACCACCAUGGAAUUGGAGCCGGUCCUGAUUAUAACGGAGUUCCUGGGACGUAUUUUCCGCUUAGGAGAGGCGGAAUUGUCACCCUCUAUCAGGAUGCUCACGUACCUGAUGGAUUCCUCCCAAAUUUGAAGCUUGAUAAUGGGAUGAAAUAUGUGCACGGGAAAUGCUGGCGGGAAAUCUUUAAUGCAAUAUGUCAAGCUCGAUUUUUGAUUUAUAUUGCUGGAUGGUCAGUGUGGCACAACGUUAGACUAGUUAGGGACGAUAAUUCUGUGUCAGGUUGCACUCUGGGAGAACUUCUGAAGUCAAAGUCACAGGAAGGAGUGAGGGUGCUGCUUCUGGUAUGGGAUGAUCCUACGUCAAGAAGCAUACUUGGGUGCAAAACAGAUGGAGUCAUGCAAACUCAUGAUGAAGAAACUCGUCGUUUCUUCAAACAUUCUUCUGUGCAAGUGCUGCUUUGUCCUCGAGCUGCUGGGAAGCGCCACAGCUGGAUGAAGCAGAGGGAAGUUGAAGUCAUUUACACCCACCAUCAGAAAACUGUGAUAGUGGAUACUGACGCUGGAAAUAAUAGAAGAAAAAUCAUUUCAUUUCUUGGAGGGCUAGACUUGUGUGAUGGGCGAUAUGAUACUCCUCAGCAUUCUCUAUUUAGGACACUGCAUACUUGGCACUCUGAUGACUAUCACAACCCUACUUAUACGGGUAAUGUUUCUGGUUGUCCAAGAGAACCAUGGCAUGACUUGCACUGUAAAAUCAAUGGCCCAGCAGCAUAUGACGUUCUGACCAAUUUCGAGGAACGGUGGUUGAAGGCUUCAAAGCCCCACGGGAUAAAAAAAUUGAAGAUGUCAUAUGAUGACGCUUUGCUCCGAAUAGAAAGAAUACCCGAAAUACUAGGAAUUUCCGAUGCUCCUUGUGUAAAUGAUGAUGAUCCUGAAGGUUGGCAUGUUCAGGUGUUUCGUUCAAUAGAUUCAAAUUCUGUCAAAGACUUCCCGAAGGAUCCUAAAGGGGCUACAUUAAGGAACCUGGUUUGUGGGAAGAAUGUACUUAUAGAUAUGAGCAUACAUACAGCAUAUGUAAAGGCCAUCCGUGCUGCUCAACAUUUCAUUUAUAUUGAAAAUCAGUACUUCAUUGGGUCCUCAUACAACUGGAGUCAAUAUAAGGAUGUUGGUGCUAAUAAUUUGAUUCCAAUGGAAAUUGCCCUCAAAAUCGCUGACAAAAUAAGAGCACAUGAGAGGUUUGCAGCAUAUAUUGUCAUUCCAAUGUGGCCAGAGGGUAAUCCAACGGGUGCUGCUACACAAAGAAUUUUGUUUUGGCAGAAUAAAACAAUGCAAAUGAUGUACGAGACUAUUUACAAGGCUUUGGUAGAGGUAGGACUUGAGGAUGCGUACUCACCACAAGAUUAUUUGAACUUCUACUGUCUUGGCAAUCGUGAGGCUCUUGAUGUCGGUAAACCAACUGAGAGUCACAAUGCAGCAAACAGUCCUCAGGGACUCAGUCGGAAAAACAGAAGAUUCAUGAUAUAUGUCCAUUCAAAAGGAAUGAUAGUAGAUGAUGAGUAUGUCAUAUUGGGGUCUGCAAAUAUCAAUCAACGGUCCUUGGAGGGUACUAGGGACACUGAGAUUGCUAUGGGAGCCUAUCAACCUCAUCACACAUGGGCAAGAAAACUAUCGAGUCCACGCGGACAGAUAUAUGGAUAUAGAAUGUCUCUUUGGGCUGAGCAUCUUGGAGUUUUAGAGGACUUUUAUACUCGGCCAGAGUCUGUAGAAUGUGUCCGAAAGGUCAGAUCAAUGGGUGAGGCAAACUGGAAGCAAUUUAAAUCUAAUGAGAUAUCGGAAAUGAGAGGACACCUUCUGAAGUAUCCAGUUGAAGUUGAUAGGAAGGGCAAAGUGAACCCCCUCAAUGGAUGUGAGACUUUCCCUGAUGUUGGAGGAAGUAUAGUUGGCUCAUUCAUUGCCAUUCAAGAAAACUUGACGAUCUAA